GUGAAAUGUAGAGAACGAAAGUAUACUACCGGAAGUGGACCAGGAUCAGGAAAGCUUCUGCCGAAGUGGGAGGGACCAUAUGUGGUCACAUCGAGACGCGGUCCAGUGUACACAAUAAAGAGAGGAGAUAAAGAGAAAAGAGUAAACGCCAGUCUGCUACAAAGAUGGAGAGAAGAAUGUCAAGAUGAGGUACCAGAAGAGCAGCAGGAAGAAACGUCUGUGCGGCGAUCAAGGCGGUUACAGGAGAGACUUUAUAAUGAGGGGGCGAGUGUGGUGAGUGCUACUUAUAAUCCGAUAUAA